UGUGUGUCCAAUGACACAUUUUGAGUCUUGAGAGGUGGGCGAUUUCAUUUCAACAUCACUUCGUCGUCGGCUUCCCUGGACCUUACUCGCCACAACUUCAUUUCCGUUCGUCUUCUCUUUCUGAUAGCCGAAAGGUUUUCUCUUUGCAAUUUUCCUCAGCUCCUCGCCAAGCUGAAAUUCGGGAUUUCUCUAGCUUUGUUUCUCCGGGAGGGUUUUUUUUUUUUUUGUGUGUGUGGAAGAUUUCAUGCAAAUGGAGGCUAAUGACUGUGAAGAAGAACACAAGUUCACUCUCGACAGCUUCCAUAUCCUGGAGCAGGUUAGAAGAGGCAAGUCUUCUUCCGAUUUCGUGGUUCUCCAUGAACUCGAGGACAAAAAGUAUGCAAUGAAGAAGAUUUGCCUGGCUAAACACACGGAGAAGUUAAAGCAAAUCGCUUGCCAAGAGUUGAAAUCGCUCUCAAAGUUAAAGAAUCCAUAUAUCGUGCAAUAUGAAGAUUCUUGGAUUGACGAGGACAAUAACGCCUGCAUUUUUACUGCUUACUGUGAGGGAGUGAACAUGGCUAAUGCUAUUAAGAGAGCUAGAGGGAAGUUAUUUCCUGAAGAGAAAAUCUUCAAAUGGUUGGCACAAUUGUUACUGGCUGUUAACUAUUUGCAUUCAAACCGUGUACUUCACAUGGAUCUAACGUGCUCAAAUAUAUUCCUUCUAAAAGAUGAUCACAUCCAGCUUGGUAAUUAUGGUUUGGCGAAACUUAUAAAUCCGGAAAAGCCUGCUUCCUUGGUUUCUGGUAUUGCUAACAGCAUGUGCCCUGAGGUUUUAGAAGAUCAACCAUAUGGAUAUAAAUCUGACAUAUGGUCGCUGGGUUGCUGUAUGUAUGAAAUUACAGCACACCAGCCUGCGUUUAAAGCUCCGGAUAAGGCCGGACUCAUCAACAAAAUAAACAGAUCCCUUUUGUCUCCUCUUCCGAUCGUCUACUCCUCUACCUUGAAACAAAUGAUAAAGCUUAUGCUUAGGAAGAAGCCGGAACAUCGGCCAACAGCCUGCGAAUUGUUAAGGAACCCGUGUCUACAACCCUACCUCCUUCAAUGCCAAAACCUGUCACCUAUUUAUCUUCCUGUUUUCCCAAUAAACAGCCCCAAGGAUAAGACAAGAAGAAAUUCACUGCCAGGCAAGAUUGUGAAGGAGAGAGAUUCGAAAGAGAAGAGCGAGGUGUCUCGCAGUUUGGAAAACCUGUAUCCGUUUUGGACGAAAGCAGAGACUGGAUCUAGCAGCUCGUCGCAACCAGCUUCAUCGACAAAUGGUGCAGAGGACAAGCUUGAAACAAAAAGAAUAGAUCCAAGCUGCGACACUUUGAAGAUCUCUGAGUCUACUAGCCAGAAGUCAGAUCCUGAGAUUGCAAUCUUCACUACAGAAAAGCAAACCGAAGAAAAUGAUCUGCCGAAGGAAAUGGAAAAUCUGUUCACCGAGGAAUCUCAGUUACGUGAUGUUGAUGUCGGGGUUGUGAGUGCACAAGAAGUAAUAUGUUGCCGUCCAAGCACCAUGGAAGAAGCUGAAACUCAGGAGGAGGCUUUUGCUGAACCAAGGGAUCAGAGAAAGCUGUCCAUUUCUAGCUCUGAAGUUGCAGCAGCAAGUGACUGUUUGUCUGGAAGCGUUGAGGUGAGUGAAACAAAGACGGUGAAGCUAACAGCGAGUGAAAUGUCUUCAGUACUGAGUAAGCUCACAAAACUGGGUCCGCCACAGAGUAAAGAAAGAGCAGAUGCAUUGGAGUGUUUGUUGGAGAAAUGUGCAGGGCUUGUAAAGCAAGAGAAAUAUGAAGAACUUGCUGGUUUGCUUACACCAUUUGGGGAAGACGGUAUCUCAGCUAGGGACACUGCUAUUUGGUUUGCAAAGACACUCUUGUCUUCUGAAAAACUCAACCAAUGAACAUGAUUGAAUUUGAGAAAGAAAAAAAAAAACUUAUAAUAUGUAAGUUUUCAAUUAAAUAGUUUGUGAACACUCAUUUAUCCCUUGUCCUAUGUAAUAUUUACUGAAACUAAGUUCAAAUUUUGAAUGUUAAACUA